AUGGACGACAAGGAAGCCAAACACGGAUCCUUUGUCACCCCUCUUGUUAUCUCCGCUGCUGGCAUUAUAUGCUCCACUCUAGCAAUAGCAGCGUACCAUUUCAUUCUCCUGAGGUAUUUCCUCAGGCCUCACAGAGUACAACGUAGGAACAACAGAAACCGCAUCAAAAAAAGUGGCGGGGUCCAAGAAGAAAUUCUCAACAAGAUCCCCAUUCUCUCUUACUCAACUCUUAAAAACGAAGUCUUUCCUUUGGACCAUAAUGAAUGUUCCAUUUGCCUUGGCGAAUUAGAGGAUGGGGAGCUUGUGCGUUUGUUACCUGCUUGUUACCAUGCCUUUCAUAUUCCUUGCAUUGAUGCAUGGUUCAAGGACCAUGCCAAUUGCCCCGUUUGCCGGUCACCAAUUACUUGUGAUUGUGAAUCAGCGGUUCCAAUUGUUUCACAAAAUGGUGACCAACAAAGGGUCUCGGAUGUGCAUGCCAUUAUUCCAAGUGAUCAUCAUCAUAUUAAUGUUAAUGAUGAUGUGAGUGCUUCCAUCACGAGGUUUCAACAACCUCAGCCUUUGUUGCUUAGACACUCUCUCUCUUUCUCAUCAUCGCACGUGCAGAAAAAGCCACGAGCUUUGGUCAUGGGGUUGAAGAGGUCAUUGUCUUUGGAUCAGUCAUCUUCAUAUAUUGCCAUGACCAUACUAAGAGAUCAGGAAAUGGCUUCCACCAAUUCUUCAACAAGACACGUUGUGAUGAGUCAGUAUAACUUUAAAUCAAGAUCACUGAGGCAUCUUGAUCACAUGUCUUCGGUGUUGAUGAGAUCCUUCUCGCAAUUUCGGAAAAGUGGAAGUGGGAGAUCCAAUGGGAUUCUUCCAAAUUGA